AUGAAGUCCAUGGAAGACAGUAAGAGUGGCGAACACGCCGCUUCCGUCGGUCAAUUUGACAACACUGUCAUCUACAAAAGUCUGGCCGAGAUCUUCCUCUGUCAAGCAUUUCUCCAAGCCACUGAGAGCGCAGGUCUGGGAUCUCCCCCAAAGUCCGUGGGCUUGUCAGGGUUCAUGCUGCCAUUGUAA